AUGACUUCCUGGCAAAUAUCAGAAGAUUUUUUGUUGGUAAUGAAUCUAGAAUCAAUAUGUUCGUUACCACGGAGUGGCGGAGUUCAGUGCAUGACCAGCAAACCGUCAGUAAAACGAUACUUCUUCGAUGCAAACUUGGGCAAAUGCUCAUCUUUUCAAUAUACUCAGUGUGGUGGUAAUGGCAACAACUUUGAAACAAUGGAAGAAUGCUCAGGAUUUUGUGCCAAGCUGAAACAACUUAUAGGAGUUAGAAAAAAGCAAUGUCUAUCGGGAGUGCCGUAUAAUACAGAUGGUGUAAAUACUGUUUGCACUCCAACAGCGAUCAACACUUGUCCCGAUAAGUAUUCUUGUCAAAAAGCGCUUUAUGGUUCCAAUUAUAUUUGUUGCCCCGUUCCAGAAUCUAGUUGCAAUCAAAUGGUAUCUGCUGGUACUGCAUGUUUUGGUCAGUGGAUUACAACAGACAAAUAUUACUUUAAUGCUGCGAAUCGUAAAUGCGAAAAGUUUGAUUAUUUUGGUUGCUCUGGAAACAGUAACAACUUCCGAAGCAAACAUAUUUGCGAACAGAACUGUAUACCUCAAGCCAACAAUGUUUGCAACGGUGUUGCUGCUUUAGCAGAUCCAAAUAAUCAUCUUCAACGGUGUUCCAAGGCUGUUCCUUGUCCUAUUGGUUAUGUUUGCAGUAAGAAACAGUUCUGCUGCCCAAUACCUCCAUUUGCUUGUUCCUCACCAAUGAGCUCAGGAAAUCUGUGCGGAAAAGCACCUCAGCGAAGCGCUUGGUAUUAUGAUCCUGAAACGCGAAAUUGUGCUCAAUUCACAUAUCACGGGUGCGGAGGUACAGCGAACCGAUUCUUUGACAGAAAAUCUUGUGUAGCAACCUGUGUUGGUUCAGAAAGUUUUGGUGAAUGCCCAAAGGGUAUGUCACCGUACAUUGAAGCUGGUAGUCUCAUACCAAAGAAGUGCACACUUAAUGUUGCCGGUGUAUGUCCGUCACCGUCGUCUUGCGUUCGUUCAACACUAAACACAGCAAUAUGCUGUCAGAGCGCAGCUAAGUGUCCAGAUCGACGGAAACCUUACGUGAUUCCAGUCUCAGGUUUUUACAUGUGUUGUUCCUCAGAAGAUGAAAAUUUGUCAGAAGAACUGCCAUCAGUACUAAAGCAUCAGUGCCCAAAUAAGGCUCCAUCAAACGGCAGAACCUGUACUGUAAACGCUGUAGGAGACUGCCCAGAUGGUUACACCUGUAUUCCCAUGGAGCCGGAUACUACUGGAGUUUGUUGCCGUACAUUACCAAAGUGUAAACGCGGGAAAGAGCACUUUAUUGGAUCUGGCCAACCUCAAGUAUGUGGCCCGGAUCUAUUGACCUGCCCACGAGGUUUCGUAUGUGCUCUAUCAUCCUUACCAGCAAUAAAUGUGUGUUGCCGGAUGCCAAGUUCUGCAGCUCCAAGAUUUCACUCUUUGUCCCUUCCAUCGCUGGGCACAUCUCCCGUAUGUUCCAAUGGGAAAGCACCAUUUUAUGAAAUCGGAAGUCCCUUUCCAAAACAGUGCAUAACAUUUCUUCAAAAUCAGUGUCCCAACAAGUAUGCUUGCAAACCAGCAAAAACUGGAGGACUGUUCUACUGUUGCCCUGUUUCACCAACAGAGUGCUACAAUGGACAAAACGCUCUGCUCCGGCAAGGAACUGUAAUACCACAGACUUGCAGUUUUGAGGCAAAUAACUGUCCUAAAGGAUACAGCUGUGUUAUUCUUUUCAGCUGUCAACAUUCAGCGGACGGUAACAACUUCUUCUGUUGCGUGGAUAGAGCCAGCACAGCGCGUUGCCCUCUAGGGUCCUCUGAAUACCUCUACGGAUCUAGACCUUUGGCUUGUCCACAAGGUUCAGAUAAAUGUCCGAAAGGCUACUCAUGUGUGGAGUCAGACAGCAGCGGAAUUUAUUUAUGUUGUUCAGGUUCAGCACCACAGAGGCCAAUGUGUCGAAGUGGCCAUGCUUAUAUGGACCCUACGAAAAACCUCCCUCAGGAAUGCUACACACAUAAUAAUUACUGCCCACCCGGUUAUUACUGUCAGCAGAGCACAGUCGCUAACCGCAAUGUCUGCUGUUCUCCAGAAGGAAUUACUGGACAGUAUGACGGUUAUUGCCCACUUGGACAAAUUCCUUUCAUAACGCAAGCAAAUGCUGCACCGCGAACAUGCCAUAUGACUUUGUAUCCAUGCCCUACCAUCGCUCCCUAUACUUGCAUCUACAGUUCCGAAAAACAAAAUUCAUAUUGCUGUGCCCCGAUCGACACCGCAUUUACCCACUCUCGGUCUUUACCGACAGAUGCAAAUACAUUUGGAUGCCAAGCUGGAAGCCAGCCAUUAAUCGGUGAGGGUGGCAUACCACAAAAGUGUAAUCCAGGCAUCUGUCCGCCGUCAUACACAUGCCAGCCAACAUCGCAUUUUGGUACCUGGCAAUGUUGCUCAGGUGAAACCAUUUACCGGAAAUCCCCAAAAGCUUCAGAAUCAUCGGACUGUGACCACGGUUCGGUACCAAUAAAUGGCCGUUGCAUGAGACUUUUUUACAUUGGACAGAAGGGAUGUCAGGUAAAUGAGCAAUGCUCGUUAAAGCUUCCGGAAGCAAGAUGUGAGCACCGUUAUUGCAAAUGCCCGCGACACAAGCUAAUUCACGGGUCAAAAUGCGUUACUCAUUGCCCUGACGGCUUUAUAAACAUUGCUGCCCGGUGUCAUGACCUGACAACCGUUGUCUUCAUGGACUCAGUUGAUUCACGCCAAAAUGGAACCAUCGGCGGCUUUUGUAAGGCAACAGUCGUUGAAGAAGAACAGUGCGACGUUGAAAACGCCUUCUGUAACGAAAAGUCGAUUACUUGUCAAUGUAAACCUGGAUACGAGUUGAAAAUGAAUUUUGAAGACCAGAAUGACACGGUAAACUUUACUUUCUUCAUGGCCUAUUGGCCCAAAAUUGUGACUACAGUGUUAAAAGUGAGCGGCAACAGCAUUGCCGGACGUUCAGCUUUCAAGUCUCGGCAAUUUUACAUGUCAUUGGCAGCAUAAAG